AUGACAAAGGCCUCCAAAGACGUGCAACCCCCGGAUCACCAUCUGAAGCACCGAUCCGCGGACAAAAUCGAGGAGAACCCAGACGAGGUCACCGCCGCCACGGCAAAGCGAAGCCGCAUCAAGCGCGCUUUGCCAGAGGAGACGGGAGACGGACCUUUCAGACUCAAGCACUUCCGUGAUCGAGUGAAGCGUGCACAUGCCACCGAGCAGGCCAAUCCUCUGAGGAAGCGCAGAGCAGCCCCUGUCAAAGCCACAGUCCCGAUCCACCUGGAGUCGGACGAUGCUGUAGCGUAUUCAGUGGUCGACACUAAACGCGAGACCGACGACUUGGAGUCUCGGGAUGAGCCCUCACCCAUCAGCAAGCGUUGGUGGGGAACCUUUGCCAACUGGCUCAAGAAAGCAACAACGGUACAGGACAACAGCAAAGGCGAUCUUCCACUCGACUUUGCCCAAAACAUUAAUCUCUUCCGUCAGUCCUGCGGAUGUCUUGGAAAGGGGUACCGCGACAAUCUCCGCAUGGAUCUCGACGCCGAGUUCUCAAUGCAAGCUGCGUACGCGUACUACUACUCGGGCAAUUUUGCGCCUCCCUCCAAGCCAGACGUCUUCUUCUACUUUGGCAUCGAGCCAGAGGCUUAUCUUGGACUCAUUCUGGAGGGCAAUGUGCGCUUGAACGCCACGAGCCGUCGUAGGAAGAUCAUCGACACGCUCAGCUAUCCCGGUCUUGCCAUCAAGGGUAUUGCUGCCGUUGGCCCAACCCUGAAUGUGUACGGUCAAGUCCAGGGAUUUAUCAACAUUCAGGGCAAGGCGAGAGCUGGUGCCAAGGUGAGUUUCGGCAGGGCUGAGGAAUACUGGCUGGAGGAUGAGGCGCUUUUGGAGGAUUACGACAAUAUUUUGGGCCUGGAUCUGAAGCAUGAUCAUGAUAUUCCAGAACUUGGCCAAGUGACGCCCGUAUUUGAGUCGGGCGUGGCGGUUGAGACCGGACUAGACAUUAUCGUCCAGCCAGAGAUGUCGGUAUCCAAUCCCGAUCGGAGGAUCACCAUCUUCUAUGACGAGGGGACAAUUGACCUGGCGGGAGUCAACAGUCGCCAUGACCUGCCAACCCCCGACAAUGCUUCGACACCAGUCGUUGACAAUACUUUCACACGCAAACAAGCUGAUGUUAAUUGCCAUGCCUUCCGGGGUAUUGAACUGACUGACAAUGACGGGGGGACCUUAUUCGUGUCCAAAGGUCUCUGCUAUGGCUACAAGGCCGGCGACGCUGACGGCAGAGAAUUAACCCACGCCCCUGGAAUCGAGGUCAAGGCGAUAGCUGCAGAGAAGGCUAGACGUGAUUCCCAGUGCACAUCUGACUACUGUGAUGAUGAGAAGGACGAGCUGCAAGAGGCGCUCGGGGUCACUGCCAACCAUGUUCCCAAACUCCAGUGUGACGAAUUUCCCUGGGCAGCUAGCGAGGAGGGCGGGGACUACGAGCCGAGCAGCAGGCGCAGCCAAACUUGUGUACCGGGUCCACUGAACAGGAUUGGAUGCUCCUGCGUCCGUAUGAUGAGCGACGUGUGGUCCAACGUUGAAAAAAUGGAACCCAGUGAAGGGGAUCCAGAUACCCGAGAAGAUGUAUGGGUACGGUGGAAAGAGACGUAUGGCGAGGACGAGGACAACGUCUACACCUACAACUCGAACAACAUUCUCUGUGCUGUCAACACCUUUGGCCAGGACGAGUGGUACCGCCAGCCUCGACGGACGAGCAACUCUGCACAGUACAACGGAAUCUGCUUCACCAGAAAGCACAAGUCGGAAGGAGGCUGGCCGGAUGUCUACUCGACGGGGAAUUGCCUGUUUACUUUCGGACCGAGUGCCUCAUCGCCCGGGGAUAAUAAGAAGCGGAAUGCAGGGUGGGAUUUCAAGCACAUUGAAUAUCUAACGGGCGACGAUGCCGACAAGCAGCAUUGGGACGCCAAGGACCUCCUUGGUCCCUCGGGCAAGCCAGUCUAUCCCUUGGACUUGCCCGUGGAAAACAGGGCGGACCGCAGUCCGUACCUGUAG